AAAACAAACAAUGGCUAUGAUAUAAAUGAAAACCAAUGUAUUGAUAAAUGCGCACGCCAGUUUAUUUUUAAAAACCAAAUACAAUGGAUUGUGGUCGCAAGGUGAAAAAAAAAUCCGAAACUGCUUAUGAAAUUUUAAAAAUCAACAUGCAUUUUCGAUAUUUCUAAAGUUGAGCGUUAGAAGAAAGAGGGGAAAGUGCACAUGCCAUUCUUAAUCCGUUAAAGGAACAUUGAGGUUAUAUUGCGGAUUAAACAGUGCAGUAAUAUAAUUAGUGAAAAGGGGCUUAAUUGAUUUAGCCUUAAUGACAAUCGUCAACGGUCAAAACUUUUUGAGGGAGAUAUUCAUAACUUUUACUCGAACAGCAAGCUUCUUAAAAUGUUAAUUUAACGGACAAGUGUUGUCAGAGGGAAUUUAAUUACACGUGCAUGUGCUGUGUUGCUCUCAGCGUGUGAUCUGUGAUAAUGAAAGUGGUUUUAAAAUAAUGGAAUAAUCUAUAAGUACAACUUCUCUCAGUCAAAAGUUAUGCGGACAUUUGCAAUUGUAAUCAUGGAUCCAUAAACCCACCUGACGAUGUAUAGGCCAGGAAUCCGUAGCUACAAUUUCAGCUAUGAUAGAAGUCGACCUGUUUCAGAGUAUACACCACCGAGAAGACUGGUGCCCAUUCCAUAUGAUGAUGCUAAGCCCACGGACGAGCUGAUGAUCAGAACAGCUCAACUAGAAUGUGAGCGGAAAUUACGAAAGGAAUCUAACGAGCGAUACAAGCAGCUUCUACUGAAACUAGAGCACACACAGGCCAUUCUAAAUCUCCGUAAUCAUGAGUUGGCGCGAGAGAGGGCGGAGCGAAAGGAGGCGGAGCACAUGUGUCAAUCACUCAAGACCACCAUUGAUAGACUGGAGCAGUACCUCAAGAGGAAAAACACCACCGAGGAUCUUCAUUUCGUCUCAAACUCAAAUGUAAACAGCAUCACUCUCUCCGAAAUUACCAGACUGCAAGGGGAGCUAAAUCUCCAGGAGGAGAAAGACAAAGUAUUCCAAAGCGAGGCUCAGUGGAAAGGAACUCGUACACCAAGAGCUUCUCCCUUCAUGUCCUCUGACUUUACCAAAGGCCGAAAGAUGACGUGCAAGUCUCCCAAAUUCAGGAAUUUCCAAGAGAAUGAAGAUGAAUUUUAAACUUGAUAACGGCAUGUACAAGUUUACAGACUGCAUGAAUCCUAUUCUAUAUGUCCAUAAUUAAUAAUUUAUAAGCAGUAGCAGGACUAUUUAAGGAUUAACAGCAAUAAAGCACCAUUUUUUAAGAUGCAUAGUAUGGAGAUCAACAUGGAAUUCAAAAUUAAAAAAAAAUCCACAUAAAACAUUUACAUCAAAAUUUUCACCCCAUUACUUGUAUUGUUACAAUUUUGCUUUAACUUUUGAAACAUUUGUUUUCAAUUUCACAUUCAAAUAAAAAAACAAACACACAUUCAUACCAUCAAAUUAUGUUGCAUUUUCAAAAUAUUUUAUUGUUUUGUUUCAUGUUACCCGUUACAUUUCUAAAUUAUUUUGUACAUUAAUCAUAGUUAAUUAUGUUUUGUAAUCUCACAUUAAAAAUCAUCUUGUUUAAUAAAUCUUGAAAACAUAAUUUUAUUUCUUUGACAAUAAUGAGAGCUGCCUUUGGCAUUUCAUUCUCCUGCACAACGAGAAUAAUUACGGUAUUGUAAGUAGUGUGCUUCAUUUGACCACAAGAUACACCCCUUAAAAAUGCGUACAACAAAAGCACAUGUCAGAUAUACGAAAGUAAAACAUAUACAACAAUGUACACAUGUACGCUACUUACUCACAACAGAAAAAAAUGGAUUUCUAAAAAACUGAAACCAAGAAAAUGUAGUUGAUUGUGAUAUUUAAAUAAAAUCAUUAUGAAAACAUGUAUUUUAAGUGAAACAAGUAUUAACACAUCUAAAAAAAACUCCCACAAAAAC